GUGUAUGUGCGCUACGUGCGGCUGCAGAACCGCAACGACUGCUGCGCGGAGCGGCUGACGGACGUCGACAUCUAUCUCGGCUCGACGGCGGAGACGUACACGGGCAACGCGCUGGUGAAGUCAGACGUGAGCGUGUUGUCGAACGUGAUGUUGGAGGUGGAGAUCAACGCGUUGGGGCGCUACAUCUACCUCAACCGGCCGUCUGCGGCGGGGCUGACGGUGUGCAACAUCGCCGUCGCCCCCGCCGCCCCCAGCAUCGCCGUCACCCCCGCCGGCAUCCGUGUCGCCGUCGCCGCCGCCUCCCUCGGCAUCGCCCUCGCCCCCGCCGCCGUCCGCCUCACCAUCGCCACCGCCUCCGUCCGCCUCGCCGUCGCCGCCGCCUCCUUCCGCCUCGCCGUCGCCGCCGCCUCCGUCCGCGUCGCCCUCGCCGCCGCCUCCCUCCGCCUCUCCCUCCCCGCCACCUCCUUCCGCGUCGCCGUCGCCACCGCCUCCCUCCGCCUCUCCCUCCCCGCCGCCCUGCUCGACCUCCGCGCCGCCACCACGUACCAGGACUCGAGCUUGUUCGACAAGCAGGCGCCCGUGAGCGACCUGUCAUACGCCGACAGCACGACGGGACGGCCGUGGGCCGAGUGCGGCCACUACACAAGCCAAUGGUGGGGCGUCGACCUCGGGAGCGAGGUGUAUGUGCGCUACGUGCGGCUGCAGAACCGCAACGACUGCUGCGCGGAGCGGCUGACGGACGUCGACAUCUAUCUCGGCUCGACGGCAGAGACGUACACGGGCAACGCGCUGGUGAAGUCAGACGUGAGCGUGUUGUCGAACGUGAUGUUGGAGGUGGAGAUCAACGCGUUGGGGCGCUACAUCUACCUCAACCGGCCGUCUGCGGCGGGGCUGACGGUGUGCAACAUCGCCGUCGCCCCCGCCGCCCCCAGCAUCGCCGUCACCCCCGCCGGCAUCCGUGUCGCCGUCGCCGCCGCCUCCCUCGGCAUCGCCCUCGCCCCCGCCGCCGUCCGCCUCACCAUCGCCACCGCCUCCGUCCGCCUCGCCCUCGCCGCCGCCUCCUUCCGCCUCGCCGUCGCCGCCGCCUCCGUCCGCGUCGCCCUCGCCGCCGCCUCCCUCCGCCUCUCCCUCCCCGCCACCUCCUUCCGCGUCGCCGUCGCCACCGCCUCCCUCCGCCUCUCCCUCCCCGCCGCCGUCCGCCUCGCCGUCGCCGCCGCCGCCUCUGCCGCCGCCUCCCUCCGCCCUGCCUGCGCCGCCGCCGUCCGCUUCGCCGUCGCCGCCGCCGCCCUGCUCGACCUCCGCGCCGCCACCACGUACCAGGACUCGAGCUUGUUCGACAAGCAGGCGCCCGUGAGCGACCUGUCAUACGCCGACAGCACGACGGGACGGCCGUGGGCCGAGUGCGGCCAAUACACAAGCCAGUGGUGGGGCGUCGACCUCGGGAGCGAGGUGUAUGUGCGCUACGUGCGGCUGCAGAACCGCAACGACUGCUGCGCGGAGCGGCUGACGGACGUCGACAUCUAUCUCGGCUCGACGGCGGAGACGUACACGGGCAACGCGCUGGUGAAGUCAGACGUGAGCGUGUUGUCGAACGUGAUGUUGGAGGUGGAGAUCAACGCGUUGGGGCGCUACAUCUACCUCAACCGGCCGUCUGCGGCGGGGCUGACGGUGUGCAAGUUCUACGUCUUCGCAGGAAAUCGCAAUGGUCCAUCUCCUUCCGCGUCGCCGUCGCCACCGCCUCCCUCCGCGUCGCCGUCCCCGCCGCCUCCGUCGGCCUCGCCGUCGCCGCCGCCGCCGUCCGCCUCGCCGUCGCCGCCGCCGCCUGACGUGCAGCUGCUCGACCUCCGCGCCGCCACCACGUACCAGGACUCGAGCUUGUUCGACAAGCAGGCGCCCGUGAGCGACCUGUCAUACGCCGACAGCACGACGGGACGGCCGUGGGCCGAGUGCGGCCAAUACACAAGCCAGUGGUGGGGCGUCGACCUCGGGAGCGAGGUGUAUGUGCGCUACGUGCGGCUGCAGAACCGCAACGACUGCUGCGCGGAGCGGCUGACGGACGUCGACGUCUAUCUCGGCUCGACGGCGGAGACGUACACGGGCAACGCGCUGGUGAAGUCAGACGUGAGCGUGUUGUCGAACGUGAUGUUGGAGGUGGAGAUCAACGCGUUGGGGCGCUACAUCUACCUCAACCGGCCGUCUGCGGCGGGGCUGACGGUGUGCAACAUCGCCGUCGCCCCCGCCGCCCCCAGCAUCGCCGUCACCCCCGCCGGCAUCCGUGUCGCCGUCGCCGCCGCCUCCCUCGGCAUCACCCUCGCCCCCGCCGCCGUCCGCCUCACCAUCGCCACCGCCUCCGUCCGCCUCGCCCUCGCCGCCGCCUCCUUCCGCCUCGCCGUCGCCGCCGCCUCCGUCCGCGUCGCCCUCGCCGCCGCCUCCCUCCGCCUCUCCCUCCCCGCCACCUCCUUCCGCGUCGCCGUCGCCACCGCCUCCCUCCGCCUCUCCCUCCCCGCCGCCGUCCGCCUCGCCGUCGCCGCCGCCGCCUCUGCCGCCGCCUCCCUCCGCCUUGCCUGCGCCGCCGCCGUCCGCCUCGCCGUCGCCGCCGCCGCCCUGCUCGACCUCCGCGCCGCCACCACGUACCAGGACUCGAGCUUGUUCGACAAGCAGGCGCCCGUGAGCGACCUGUCAUACGCCGACAGCACGACGGGACGGCCGUGGGCCGAGUGCGGCCAAUACACAAGCCAGUGGUGGGGCGUCGACCUCGGGAGCGAGGUGUAUGUGCGCUACGUGCGGCUGCAGAACCGCAACGACUGCUGCCCACAUCGUCUGACCGGCAUUGACAUCUAUCUCGGCACGACGGCAGAGACGUACACGGGCAACGCGCUGGUGAAGUCAGACGUGAGCGUGUUGUCGAACGUGAUGUUGGAGGUGGAGAUCAACGCGUUGGGGCGCUACAUCUACCUCAACCGGCCGUCUGCGACGGGGCUGACGGUGUGCAAGUUCUACGUUUACGGAUACGUGUGA